AUGGAGAAACUUCGAUUAUUAUAUGAAAAAUAUGGAGGAAAUGGAUAUUACGGUGAGCCUGUAACUCAGUAUGAGCAUGCUUUACAAGCCGCAUUUUUUGCUGAACAAUAUGCUCCAAACGAUAAUGAAUUGAUUGUAGCUGCAUUUCUUCAUGAUAUUGGCCAUUUAUUAGGUGAAAAACAAGAAGAUCUUAUGGGUAAUUUAGGUGUUCUACGACAUGAACAUAUUGGUGCUGAAUAUCUUCGUAAAAAGGUUGGUUUGUCAGAACGUAUAUGUUAUCUUGUUGAAAAUCAUGUUAAUGCUAAACGCUAUUUAACUCAUAUUGAUAAAGAUUAUUAUAAUCGUCUUUCAGAUGCAUCAAAACAAACACUUGUAUAUCAAGGUGGACCGAUGACGAAUGAUGAAGCAGAAAAAUUUCGUUCGCAUCCUCAAUUUGAAUAUAGUCUUCGCAUGCGUACAUUUGAUGAAGCAGCAAAAGAUAUACAUUUUAAUAAGUAUGAAGGAAAAGCUAAUCAAUAUUGGAAUUUAGUUGAAAAAUGUAUCAAUAUAUUACAUUCUUUAACGUCUGUAAUGUCUGGAGAGACACCAUCUAGUACGACUAGUAACAACAAUAUUGUUGAUCUUUUAUCAACAUUAAAUCCGGUAGCUGCAGCUGCAGCAAUAGCAGCAGUAUCAACAACGACAAUAUCAACACCGUCAACUAGUACAAUUCGUAAUGAUGAUAUAAAUAUUGAUUCAUCAGAUUUUGUUCCUGCUAAUCGUUUACUUACACAAAGACAAGCAAUACAUAAUGCUAAACAACUUGAAUCAUUACGAGAACAGCAACAACAACAACAAUUGCAAAAUAUGGAAAUUGAUGAUCAACAAGCAUUUGAAGUAUCAUUUAUUAAACACAGUAAUGCAUUUCAUACAUUAUAUGAGUUUUAUCAAGAUCAAAUAUUAUGUGAUGUUGAAAUUGUUUGUGAUAAUCAAACAUUUUUAUGUCAUAAAGUUGUACUUGCUGCAACAGUUCCAUAUUUUCGUUCCAUGUUUACAUUAGGAAUGCUUGAAGCUGAUAAACGUCGUAUUGAAAUUCAAGAUAUAAAUCGAAAUUCAUUAAAAACAAUUAUUGAAUUUGCAUAUACAGCUAAAGCUAUAAUAACAAUAGAUAAUGUACAACAUUUAUUAUUUGCAUCAACUGUUUUACAAACAGAAGAUUUAGCUGAAGCAUGUUCAAGUUUUUUACGACAACAUUUAUCAUUAACAAAUUGUACAGAAAUUCGUCAAUAUGCUGAAUUACUUAAUCGAAAAUCAUUAAUUGAUUUAGCUGAUGAAUAUAUUCGUGAUCAUUUUUUAGAUAUUAUACAAAUUGAUGAUUUUUAUAAAAUUUCAUAUAAACAUCUUAAAGAACUUAUUGCAUCACCUGAUUUAGGUAUUUUGGAUGAAAAAGAUGUUUAUGAUGCUGUUAUUAAAUGGGUUAAACAUGAUCCACGAGAACGAGCCGCUCAUCUUGCUGAUUUAUUACACGAAGUUAAAUUACCAUUAAUUAAUACUGAAUAUUUAUUAACUGUUAUUGCACAAGAAGAAUUAAUUAGAACAAAUUUAACAUGUCGAGAUUUACUUGAUGAAGCUAAAGUAUAUAUAUUUAAAAAAGCAAAUCUUUUAACAACAAAAUCACCUAUGGGACCAAAAAUUAUUCCAAGAAAAACAGCUGCAGGUGUUUUAUUAUGUGUUGGUGGUCGUGGUGCUACAGGAGACCCAUUUAAAUCGGUCGAAUGUUAUGAUUUAAGACAUGAUCGAUGGUUUUAUAUAGCAGAAAUGACAACACGACGACGUCAUGUUGGUGUAUGUGCAGUAAAUGGUCGUGUUUAUGCCAUUGGUGGACAUGAUGGAAAUGUUCAUUUGAAUAGUGCUGAAGUAUUUGAUCCACAAACAAAUCGAUGGGAACCUCUUGCACCAAUGAAUACAUGGCGUCGUGGUAUUGCUGUCGGUUGUCUUGGUGGUCCAUUAUAUGCUGUCGGUGGACUUGAUGAUUCGACAUGUUUUGAUACUGUUGAACGAUAUGAUAUUGAACAUAAUACAUGGAGUACAGUUGCAUCUAUGUCAACAGCACGUGGUGGUGUAGCUGUAGCAGCACUUAAAGGUUAUUUGUAUGCGUGUGGUGGUAAUGAUGGAAGUUCAUCGUUGAAUUCAUGUGAACGUUAUUGUCCAUCAUAUGAUAAAUGGACGCCAAUAGCUUCAAUGAAUAAACGACGAGCUGGUGCAUCUGUAACUGUACUUAAUAAUCGACUUUAUAUACUUGGUGGUUUUGAUGAUAAUUCACCACUUGAUUCAGUUGAAUGUUUUGAUCCUGAUACUAAUAUUUGGACGAUGGUACCAAAUAUGACAUCAUGUCGUGGUGGUGUUGGUUCAGCUACUCUAGGUGGUCGUAUUUAUUCUGUUGGUGGACAUGAUGGUUCGACCUAUUUAAAAACAGUCGAAGCUUAUGAUGCUGAACAUCAACAAUGGGGAUCAGUAGCAAGUAUAAAUAUAUGUCGAGCAGGUGCCGGUGUAUCUCAGUGUGACAUUAGUAUUUCACAAUUAUGCGAAGUAAAAAAUCCAACCAAUCCAUCCAGUUGUGUAUAG